AUGAAUGAUGAUGCAGAUCAAAAAGAUCAGAGUGUCGAGAAUGGGGAACACGAAAACGGUGGUUUUGAUCCCUCGCCCGAAGUGGUUAGCAAUGAAAAGAAGAUGUCACUGGCCCCAUCUGUAAAAGGAGAGGAUGAAAAACCAGUCAACGAACGACCACAGUGGGAUAACCAAUAUGAGUUUCUCAUGUCGUGUAUCGCCACCUCCGUGGGCUUGGGCAACGUGUGGCGGUUCCCGUUCGUCGCCUACCAGAACGGCGGAGGAGCCUUCCUCAUUCCCUACAUCAUUGUGCUGGUGGUGAUAGGCAAGCCGAUGUACUUCCUGGAGACCGUGAUCGGACAAUUCAGCAAUAGCAACUGCGUCAAAGUGUGGGACAUGUCGCCAGCUAUGAGAGGUACCGGCUACGCUCAAACUCUCGGCGCAGCAUACGUGUUAUCCUACUACAUGUCGAUCAUCGGCCUCUGCAUGUACUACUUCGCUAUGAGCUUCAGCGGGACGCUGCCGUGGGCGGUGUGCCAGCCGGACUGGCCGAACUGCGUGCCGUCGGGCGCGUCCGUCAACAUGACCGCCAUCGAGGGGGAACCGACUAGCAGCGCCGAGUACUACUUCACGCGUACGGUUUUGCGACAAUCUGACGGAAUCCAUGACGGCAUAGGUACCCCGAUUUGGGACCUAACCCUGUGCCUGCUGGCGUCGUGGGCGGUGAUCUGGCUGAUCGUGGCCCGCGGGGUCAAGAGUUCGGGCAAGGCCGCCUGGUUCCUCGCCAUCUUCCCCUACUGCGUGCUCAUCAUCCUGCUCAUCAGAGCUGUAACGUUGCCUGGUGCAGUGAACGGUAUCAUUUUCUUCAUCAAUCCAGAGUGGUCAAAGAUUUUGGAGCUUCAAGUGUGGUACGCCGCAGUGACGCAGGUGUUCUUCUCCCUGUCCGUGUGCUCCGGAGCUCUCAUCAUGUUCUCGUCGUAUAACGGCUUCACACAGAAUGUAUACAGGGAUUCAAUGAUCGUGACAACCCUGGACACGUUCACGAGUCUGAUCUCGGGCAUCACGAUAUUCGGCGUGCUGGGCAACCUCGCCUACGAGCUCAACUACGACGACGUCAGUGACGUCAUCAAGGGCGGCGGCACCAGCUUGGCCUUCAUAUCCUACCCUGACGCCAUCGCUAAAUCGCCGUUUGCACCACAGCUCUUCGCAGUACUAUUCUUCCUCAUGAUGGCCGUAUUGGGCAUCGGUAGUGGUGUAGCCCUGUUGUCCACCGUCAACACUUUGCUUCUGGACGCCUUCCCCAAAGUGCCCACCAUCGUCAUGUCCUCCAUCGUCUGUGUCUGUGGCUUCCUCGUUGGACUAAUUUAUGUGACACCGGGUGGUCAAUACGUUCUGGAAAUAGUUGAUCACUACGGCGGCAGUUUUAUGAGGUUGUUCGCUUCCAUCGCGGAAACCAUGGGCGUGUGUUGGAUUUAUGGUGUGGAGAACCUUUGCCUGGACAUAGAGUACAUGUUGGGCAUCAAGAUAUCGGCGUUCUGGCGCGUGUGCUGGGCCAUAGUCACGCCGGUGCUGAUGUGCACGGUGUUCUUCUACUCCAUGAUCACAGCGGAGAGGAUCGUCUUCGGCGAGGACUAUGAAUAUCCUUGGGGAGCUUACCUUGCCGGAGACUUGCUACAAUACGCCGGCAUGGCGAUGGUGCCUCUGUUCAUCAUUAUCGGUUUAUGGAUAUAUAGAUCGAAGAAUGUAGUAGAGACCUUCAAGAACGCAUUCCGCAAGAGGCCAACAUACGGACCCACCGAUCCGGAAAGAUUCCGCGACUGGAAGAACUUCAAACAACAGAAGAAAGAGGAGCGAGAGGCCAAACGGAAGAAUCUGCUGCAUCACUACUGCGUUAUACUGUUCAAAGGAUAUUCGAGAAUGGCAGACAUGUCCUGCCGAAAGCGACCAAGAUGGGACAACAAAUACGAGUUCUGGGUGUCGAUUAUAUCAGCGACGGUCGGUUUUGGCAACGUCUGGAGGUUUCCUUUCAUAGCUUUUCAAAAUGGCGGUGGCGCCUUCUUGAUCCCAUACGUGAUAAUCCUGGUAUUAAUAGGCUCACCGUUGUACUUCCUGGAAACGAGUGUAGGACAAUUCAGUAACAGGAACUGCGUUAACGUUUGGGAGAUGUCACCAGCUAUGAAAGGCACUGGCUACGCACAGACGUUGGGAGCGGCGUACAAUCUGACCUACAACGUAUCUCUAAUCGCCCUGUGCCUCUACUACAUCGCUAUGAGUUUCUCCAACCCGCUGCCUUGGUCAGUCUGUGACCCCGAGUGGACCGACUGCAUCCCGUCAGGAACGUCGGUCAAUAUGAGCGAGGUUGAAGGUGAUCUUGUAAGCAGUGCUGAGUAUUUCUUUAGACGAACUGUUCUACGUCAGUCGGAUGGAAUUCACGAUGGCAUUGGAACUCCUCUAUGGGAUCUCUCACUGUGCCUGCUCGCCGGCUGGAUCAUCAUAUUCGUGGUGGUAUCACGGGGCAUCAAGAGCUCCGGAAAAGCGGCCUGGUUCUUCGCCUUGUUCCCUUAUGUUGGAUUAACGGUUUUGUUGAUCAGGGCAGUCACUUUGCCAGGGGCUGAAGAUGGUAUACUCUUUCUAAUAACCCCGCAAUGGCACAGAAUGUUAGAAUUCGGUGUGUGGUACCAAGCAGCAACGCAAAUUUUCUUCUCCCUAUCAGUCAGUUCUGGAAUUCUGAUCAUGUAUUCCUCAUAUAACAAUUACAAUAACAAUGUUUAUAAGGUAUCCUUGCUCGUGUCGUACUUGGACAGUGUGACGAGUUUGGUGGCCGCCAUCAUAGUAUUCGCCGUGUUGGGUAACUUGGCACACGAGCUCAACUAUGACGACAUCACGAAAGUGAUCAAGGGCGGCGGCACCAGCUUGGCCUUCAUAUCGUAUCCUGACGCGAUCGCUAAAUCACCGUUUGCACCACAGCUGUUCGCUGUACUGUUUUUCUUGAUGUUGGUAUCCCUGGGUCUCGGGUGCGGCGUGGCCAUGAUGUCGACAGUCAACACGAUGUUGCUGGACAAGUUCCCCCGAGUGCCAUUCACUUUGAUGUCCAUCGGUGUAUGUGUUUGCGGCUUCUCCGUAGGACUCGUUUAUAUGACACCGGGUGGCCAAUACAUACUGGAAAUUGUGGAUUUCUACGGUGGACCUUUUAUGAGGGUGUUUACGUCAAUCCCUGAAACUAUAGGCUUUUGCUGGAUUUAUGGAAUAGAAAACAUCUGCCUGGACAUUGAGUUCAUGUUGAAGAGGAAGACGUCGUCCUACUGGCGCGUGUGUUGGGCGGUCGUCACGCCCAUAUUCAUGUUCGUCAUAUUCACAUACGCCAUGGUUACCUCCGACAGAAUAAAGUUCGGAGGCACCUACGAGUACCCAUGGGAAGCAUACUUUGCAGGCGAAAUGCUGAGAUACAUCGGUAUAUCACUAGUACCGUUGUUUAUGCUCAUCGGAUUAUGGAGAAAUAGGUCUACCAAUGUUAUUCAGAUGAUCAAGGAUUCCUUCCGGAAAGCUCCAACGUAUGGACCGUUGGAAAAGAAAGAUUUCCACGAAUGGAAAGAAUUUAGACAGUCUGCGAAAGUGCAAAGAGCGGGCCAAAGAAGGAAUUGGCUGCAUCACAUAGGAGUGGUCCUUUUUAAAGGAUACAAAACGGAUUAG